GGCAAGUUAGUUGAUUAUAUAUUACUUACAUCCAACCACUCGAGGAUCAAAGAAUAUUUCUGAGGGUGGCGUGAGUUGGAGUUGUACUGAAAUUCUAAGGUGAACAAGGGGAACAGGAAUAACUGCACAGUCCACGGAUGUGAGAUUGGGCGGAGCAACGCCUGUCUGUCAGCAAUCCAUGCGAUGGAGGGUGUGUUUACUGAUAUUACCUCCUCUGUCUGUAUCAGUGGCUGAAUCGUGUAAAAUGAUUAAACGCUGUGCAGCAUGUAGAUGAUGGACUGUGUGUAAACUGCAGAGGGUCAAGAUGUUUCAUCUCUGGUCUGACGUGGACUGACAUGUCUUCCCAUCACCUUCCUCACACGCGAUUUGAAGUCUGCCAGGUUGAUAGUCAGUAAGUUUGGACUUUGUCAACUUCUCCAGUAGAGGAAUCAAACAGGAUGUUUUUAUCAUUUCAAUGGUAUCUUCUCCUGCUUCAGACUCGGGUUGUAAAUAUGACUUAGAGUCACAGACGGACUUGCUGCUUCUUAGUUUCUCCAGCUGUUUUCUAACAUGGCCAGAAGUUGCAGUCAGGCAUUAUGUGUUAAUCAGAGGUGGAGAGGUCUGAUCCUCAGUGAGUUCACUUGUAGGGAAGAAGGGACGAAGGGCAAAAUCACUGAGGUAGUGAGGGUGUGUAAAAAAACCAAAACAACUCUUAGCUUUUAAAUGUUCUCUUGGACUGGAGAAGAACAACUAACAACUUUCCAGAAGCACAAACAGAUUUUAAAGCAACAGAAAAAAAAAAAAUCACAUGCCAUCUGCCUAACAUUUUGGAAAAGGGAACAAGUCACACAAGCAACAUAUUUUUAACUUUUUGUUUGUUUUCUGUGUAAAUGACCCGUACAACUAAACUCACUGAACCAAUUAUUUUUGUGCACUUAUACAGUGGAAGGCUUAUUCUGACACAGAUCCUUGUGUUUGCAGUGGAACUGACGGACUGCACGCAUAUUGGCAUAAAAUAUGUAAAGACGAUAAACCGAAUUUAAUAAGAAGCCAGUGGGAGGAAGAGAUACUGUCUUGGCUGAUAAUUAAAGCCUUUUUCUCACCACUAGGCAACAUAUUUGUAACUGUAAUUCAAACUAUUUCAAUAAUCACAACAUGCCGCAUCAACAAUAAGUUGCUUGUUUGAAAUGAAAGAUUGCAAAUCAAAUAAGCCACAGCAGAACACAAAUUCCACCAAAUGAAGCACUGCUACCACAGCAUGAGAACAAACACUGAAAAUGAGUCCAUUAUUGGAGAAGCCCUUUCUCUGCUAGGUAAACAAAAUAUAUUAACAAUUAUUGCAAUCUAUCUAAGCUUUGUGCACAACAAACCAUCAGUGCUAAUACCCUGGCUGAAUCUUGUGCAUGUGUACUUGCAUUACUUAUGCCGUGGGGACACAAAUGUGUGUACACAGGCACAUAUUGUGGACUUAAAGCAAUUCCCUGUAAUGGAAAUAAUCAUAUUUUGGGUUUUGUUUUGGCUUCCAGUUAGGGUUCAUUUUCAGGAAAUGGAUGUAAUGUUCUUUGAGUUGCUGAUGAGACCGUCUGUGUGUGUGACACACCCCUUGAGCUCUGUGCUGCUGGUAUCAUUGCUAGCUCAGGGAUUCCUGUGCACAUUAGUGGCUGCAUGAGUCCCAGUCAGGUUGUUUUGUGUGUCUCGCCCCCACCCCCCAUCUCCAUAGUCCCACUCCUAUUCUCUGCCUCUCUCUGCUGUUGUCCCAGCAUGGCUGCAGGAUGACUGCUCUGUGGACUCUCUCUCUGCUGCUCUCUGCCAGUCUGCUGGGCUGUCUGGCCGUGACCUCUCCCGAUGGGAGCCCUCUGCCGCACAAUCUGCCCCCCUCGCUGGGCACCAACAGUAGCGAUGGCAGCCUGUCUGUGGAUCUACCCAUGGCUCUGAGGGUGUUCAGCAUGGACUAUCACCACGUACAGGCUCCCUUUGAGAUCGUGCUGUGGAUCAUGCUGGCCUCACUGGCCAAGCUGGGUUUCCACUGGUCAGGUCGAGUCCCUGCAGUUGUCCCCGAAAGCUGCGUCCUCAUCAUGGUGGGCCUCCUGGUUGGAGGUGUGAUCUAUGGGGUGCGCCACUCUGCUCCACCGACUCUCAGCGCCGAUGCUUUCUUCCUCUUUCUGCUGCCACCCAUCGUGUUAGAUGCGGGAUACUUCCUGCCAGGCAGGCUGUUCUUUGAAAACCUUGGUACAAUCCUCUGGUAUGCAGUGCUGGGGACCUUGUGGAACGUCCUGGGCAUCGGCCUGUCUCUGUACGGUGUUUGCCUGCUGGCUCAGAGCUCACUAGGAGAUGUCUCUCUGCUCCACUGCCUGCUGUUUGGCUCCCUGAUCGCUGCUGUAGACCCAGUGGCGGUGCUUUCUGUUUUCCAAGAGAUGCAAGUUAACGAACAGCUGCAUAUCCUGGUGUUCGGAGAGUCACUGCUCAAUGACGCCGUCACUGUGGUGCUCUACAAGCUUUUUGAGUCCUUCCUCCGUCUGCCAUCAGUGUCAGGGCUGGAUGUUUUGCUGGGGGGCUGCAGGGUGGUGGUGGUCGGAAUCGGGGGCUUGUGUGUAGGUCUCUUCUUCGGCCUGCUGGCAGCCCUCACCUCACGUUUUACCUCCAGGGCCCAAGUCAUCGCCCCGCUCUUUGUCUUCCUCUAUUCCUAUUUGUCUUACCUUACCUCAGAGAUGCUUCACCUCUCUGGGAUCAUGGCCAUAGUGACCUGUGCUGCUACAAUGAAACAGUACGUGGAAGCAAAUGUGUCGGAGCGCAGCAACACCAGCAUCCAGUACUUUCUGAAGAUGUGGAGUAGCGUGAGCGAGACCUUAAUCUUCAUCUUCCUGGGAGUGUCCACCAUACAGGACAUCCACAUGUGGAGCUGGCCGUUUGUGACUUCUACACUGCUGCUCUGUCUCAUCUGGAGGGCCACGGGCGUGCUUUUGCUGACCGCGUUUGUGAACAAGCUCCGGAGGAACGCCGUGACCUUCCGAGACCAGUUCAUCAUCGCCUACGGUGGCCUGAGAGGGGCAAUCUGUUUUUCCCUGGUCUUCCUGAUUGAUGACUUCCCAAAGAAACGACUCUUCAUCACCACUACCAUCGUGGUCAUUCUCUUUACUGUCUUUGUACAGGGGAUGACCAUCAAGCCUCUGGUGGAGCUAUUGUAUGUGAAGAGGAAGAAGAGAGCUCUGCCUACUCUCAGUGAGGAGAUCCACAGCAGGCUCAUAGAUCACCUGGUGGCAGGUAUAGAGGACGUGGUUGGCUACUGGGGGCAGCACUACUGGAAAGACAAGUUUGAGCAGUUCAACAAGAAGUACCUUCGCCGUUUCCUCAUCCGUAACGACCGCCAGGCUAGUUCCAGCAUCCUCAGAGUUUACCAGGAGCUGGAGAGACGGGAGCAGAGGGGAGUCGAGGAGGAGGCCCCGCCGAUAGUGGAUCCUCGCUCCCAAGGGCGACCUCUGCUACCGGAGGAGAUGGAAAGCAUCAGGCGCAUCCUCUCAAGAAACCUCCAAAACUUCAAUAACAAGCAGACACCAGCCUACAGCAGACACACCCUGCACCAGGACACAUUGGUGGACAGAACAAGGAAGCCCCUUUACAGACACCAAAGUCUGGGAGAAAGAUACUCAUACAACACAAUCACACACUUUCAGGGGGAGGAUGGUGGGCUAAGUGAGCCACAGAGAGUGAGAACUGGACUUAGCAGAUCUCACACAGUGUGCUCCAUUAGCCCACGAUCCACUCUCUUGGACUCCUCAGACUCAGCUGGCCCGGCUCAGACUAGAUCAAUGGAUCCAAAAGCUGCUAGAGAAGACCUAGUCUCUCCAAAACAUCAGGAAACCAUGGAGAGAGCCGCCAGGAAACACCUCAGCUUUGUUUUGGAGAAUGAGAAGCAGCAAUGAAUGCAGACUGUGAGACACGGGGAGGGAGGGAGAAAAACAUAUGAAAGCAAAGAACUCAGCGUGUUCCAUCAUUUGAAGUGAUAAGUACCUUGUAUUCCUUUAAGCACAGAGUUGUGAGGUGCAAAGCAGAACUAGUAGAAGUCUUCAGCAAUUUCAUGGACGCAUCCCAAGUAAAUUCCUCAUAAAAUGAAUUUAAUGGUUUUAUUUAUUUAUUUGCCGGCUACAAUAAAGCUUUUCUCAGCUCUAUGUUUCACCUCUUGAACAACUCUUGCAUCUCCAGCCUAAUUCAUUUUCAAAGCACCAUUCCCAGAGUAACACAAACAUUACAAAUACCUCGCAGUCAUAAAUGCUGAUACCUGCUGCCCACAACGUCCUCACGCCAAUCUUUCCUCUCCUUGUUUCCUUUACAAAUGCACAGCAAAAUACAUACACUGGUAAUCUGACGAGGACAGGCUUACUGCGUCCUAAAAUAACUCCUGUCCCCCCACCUCCCUCUGUUUGACCUGCUCGGUUACUGUAGCAUUUUUUCCCUCACAGCUCCCAGCAUGCCAGGGAGUGGCUGAGAGAGGCUGGCCAUGUUCUUUAGGAUUGGGACUGGGCAGACAGCCUUCAGAGUGGACACAAGUAAGGAGUCACUGACCUGAAGACUAAAAGCUAAGAGGAAUCAUACUUUAAAGCGGGGUAAAGGCCGGAGUUAUGAGGGUGGGAGCUGCAGCUCUGUCUGGGGGGAUUUUUGGGGUAAUAGGGACUCUGUGUUUCUUCCUGGCAUUUGGUACUGACUACUGGCUGGUCGCAAGCGACAACUGCGGACCAUAUAGAUGGCAAACACAAACGACACCGAUGGGGGACAAAGAUGCCAACAGGACUGAGACGCUGUUGGUGGAAGAAGCGAGUACCUCCCCUCCUUCCCUCACGCUGCACCACGAGGGCUUUUUCUGGCGCUGUGCGUUUCAGGUGGAGCCCACGACGCACGCAGUGCUGGCCACUCUCUUCA